GUAAAAUGUUUUCCUUUCUUCUUUUCAUCUUUUCAAUAACGAUGAUGGCAAUGGGGGUGAGUAACUUCCCUGAGGAUGUGGUAGGAAUUUCAGUGGCUUUGUAUAAUUGUCCUAAAAUGCAACAAGGUUCCCCCUGUAGCUCAGGGCUCAUGCCACUUGUUUAAACCUGUCUGUGUUUGCUUAUAAUCAUAACAAACCUUCCUAGUAGCACUGGGGAAGACUUUACAGAUCUGCACAUCUUUCCUUUCCUAGCACAGGCUGUGUGGUGUUACUGGUCCAUCUCCCAUUUCAUUAUUUAAAACAGAUGAAGUUUAAACUUCAGCAGCCAUAGGAACCAGAAGCUCAGAAGCAUGUCAGGGAAGCCCAGACUUACCUACCUAAAUGGAAGGGGGCGAAUGGAGCCUGUACGAUGGUUGUUGGCAGCAGCUGGUGUGGAGUUUGAAGAAAGUUUUUUGGAAACAAAAGAGCAAUAUGAAAAGUUAAUCAAAGAUGGAGUCCUGAUGUUCCAGCAAGUGCCCCUGGUUGAGAUCGAUGGGAUGAAGAUGGUGCAGACCAGAGCCAUCCUCAGCUACAUAGCAGGGAAAUACAAUCUCUAUGGGAAAGACUUGAAGGAGAGAGCCCUGAUUGACAUGUACGUGGAAGGAAUAACAGAUCUGAUGGAAAUGAUUUUGAUGUUCCCUUUCUCUCCACCUGAGGCAAAGGAGAAAAAUCUUGACUCAAUUAAGGACAGAGCAAUUAAUAGGUACUUCCCAGUCUUUGAAAAGGUUUUGAAACAACAUGGCCAAGACUUUCUUGUUGGCAACAAAUUCAGCUGGGCAGAUGUUCAGCUAAUUGAAGCUAUUUUAGCAGUGGAGGAGAAAAUACCUGCUGUGCUGUCCGGGUUUCCUCAGUUACAGGCUUUUAAAAUAAAAAUGAGCAAUAUGCCUACAAUUAAGAAGUUCCUGCAGCCUGGCAGCCGAAGGAAACCCCCACCAGAUGAACGUUAUGUAGAAACUGUGUUGAAGAUUUUUAAGAAAUGAAUGCCUUGUUACCAUCAGUGAGACACAAAUUACUGAAAAGUAACCAACAAAAAAAACCCCAAACCCCAAACCAAAGGAAAUAGAGAGGUCAGUAAAUUAGUACUGUUGUAGCUAAAGCCAAUGUUAAAAAAA